GCCUGAGCCUCCGUAUGAGUCCCUGCCUGGGGCCUCCCUUCUUUGUCUUCUGAGCAGCCUGAGAGGCUUAGUGUCAAAAAUGAGGCCACAGGUGACCUUUGUAAACCUUGGAGUUUGUGAAAUAUUGUAGCCCCCUUGCGUCCUGUCAGGUAGAUCUUUCUAUAUCCAUUAUGCAGAUAAGGAAAGUGACACUCAAAGGUUAGUGACUUGCCCAAGGUCACAUAGCCCUUAGGUCAGAUGAGAGAUAAACCUAAGUGCUCUCCUCUGUGUUCCCACAGAGAUCUCCACUCAUUUCCGUUCCAGUCAGAAUCACUGAGAGAGGAUGUUCUAAAAGCAUGGCGUUCCCCAAAGUAAAACCAUAGGAGUCUGGGGCUCACUGGAUGAUCUCAGAGAGGAACGAAGGGGCCCCUGUACCAAAGGAAAGCACUAAAAGGGGGACAAUCGGGGCGUCCCCUUUUCUUCUCCCUGUGCUGACUGGAAGCCUCUAGCAAAUGCUUCUUUCCCUCAGCCUCCCCCUGAUUUCCAGCCUACAUUCUCAGCCUCCCAGGUCCUCUUCGGGAUCAGGCACCUGGCAUGGGUGCCAUUGCACGGGCCUUGCCCGUUCCCUCUACCCCUCCCCACCUCCUUGUCCUGAGGUCUCCUUCGUUGGCCAGAGGAAAUGGAUGGCCUGGGAUGACUGGCUGAACUCACAUCCUUUGCUUGGGCCUGAGACAGGGGUGACCCUUCCAGCCCCAGAGCCGGGCUGGGGAAGAAGGUUAUGCCACAGCGGAAGUGCCUGGAGCCACUGCCAGGAACCAGGACCCUCCGCCCUCCCGCCAGGGUCCCCAGCCCAGUUUCUGGGCCUCUCCUCCACCACCUUUCCGGCCAUUGUUCUGGAAAGAACAGAGCCACCUAUCUGGCCCUGCCCCUGUUCCUGUGUCCCUCCUGUCACAUUGUCUGCCCCUCCCAAGAGAGGACACAUCCAGCCAUUCAGCUGCCCAUCCCAGACUCUCCAAGUGGGCAGGGUUGUGAAGGGAGGGUUCCCUGAAGGACUCUCUUGGGACCUUGUUUUCCCUGAGGCUUAGAGAGGCACCUUGGCAGCCAAGGUCACACAGCCCAGGAAAGGCAGGAUAGCCUCUGAGCCGUGAACUUCCUGCUGCUGCAGCUCUUGUUCUGCCCCCUCCACACACACACACAGAUGGUUCUGUAUUACGAGAACUAUCAAAGGGAAUGAGAGGGAGGCUGGGAGCGCUGUGCUUCCUCCCAGCAGCCUCCACGCAUUGCCUCUGCCGCCCCUUUUCUGUAUUUACCUGUUAGGUAUAGAGUCCUUCAGCUCCACCCUAUAUCAGCAGUCCCUUCCCUCCCCGUCCCUUGCUUUCCUCCCUGAUGGAAUGAGGCCCUGCCUUUCCCAGGCUGCUGGGGUAUUUGGGGGCCCACCAGGGCCUGGGGGGCAGGCCUGGACCAGCAUGUUUGGCACCCUGCCCAGCCUGGGCUGAGCCAGGCCCCCUCCUUCACGGCAGGGUGGGUUCCAGCAGGAGGCAGGGGCGGCCUGUGACAAGGCUUCUCCCUUCCCAACACCUCAAGGACCUCCCCAACAUGGUCUGGCUGCCAGUGGGCUCUCACCCGCAUGUAUCCUGUCCCAGGGAGGCCUUGCCCACUGCUUCUCUAACGAGGCCUGGGCCUCCCAGUUAGAGCUGUGGGUACUGAGCCGGCAGAUGCCCCCAAGCAGACAGAAAAGGAUGGAAAUUCCAGGAGACAGUCUGGGUAUGAUGCCCCAGUGUCAUGGCUAACAUGGAGGGAGUGAUAAAUGGUUGUUACCGUCAUUCGCAUGCUUGCAAAGGACAGACAGUGCCCUAACAAGUUCCAGGGGCAAGUUCUAUGAUCAGCCUGUUUUCGAGGACACUGAGUCCUUUGGUUAAAUGACCUGUGUGAGUUGGCGAGGCUGGCACACGGAGCUGGGGCUAGUGUCAGUAUAUCCCGCUUGGCCCUGCCCGCCAGGUCCUACUCAGGGAUGCUCGGAGCCUAGCCUUGUCAACCUUCUUUCUGCCCUUGAAUGCUUAAGUACCCCUCCCUUCCGCCCCCUUCUUUCCAUGCCUGUUCCCCUUGGCCCAACAGGACAAUAUGACUCUCUCCCUAGCCCAUUCAGGCAGGAAUGCCAACCAUGCGCCCCGUGGGCCUGUCCUAUUGAAGGCAUGUCAUGCCAAUACCCCUUCCCGCCCCCUUUGGCUCUAUAAACAAGCUGGGCAGGGGCUUUAGGGAAGCCAGGCUGCUGCUGCAGUGGCCUCAUGUAUUCGCUGCCCUCAAGCCAUAGGGACAGGACCUAGAAAGACCAUGGGGCAGGUGCUCUUCUGCACACCGAAAGAGCUCCUAGGCUCCACGAAGAGACUCAACAUCAACUACCAGGAUGCCGACGGAUUCUCUGCUCUCCACCAUGCUGCCUUGGGGGGCAGCCUGGAGCUCAUAGCCUUAUUGCUGGAGGCUCAGGCCACUGUUGACAUCAAAGACAGCAACGGCAUGCGGCCACUGCACUAUGCAGCCUGGCAGGGCCGCUUGGAGCCUGUGAGACUGCUGCUGCGGGCGUCUGCGGCUGUCAAUGCUGCCUCCCUGGACGGGCAGAUCCCCCUGCACCUGGCUGCACAGUACGGGCAUUAUGAGGUGUCAGAAAUGCUUCUCCAGCACCAGUCUAACCCAUGCCUGGUCAACAAGUUGAAGAAGACACCACUAGACCUAGCCUGUGAAUUUGGGCGGCUCAAGGUGGCCCAGCUGCUUUUGAACAGCCACUUAUGUGUGGCCCUGCUGGAGGGCGAGGCAAAGGACCCGUGUGACCCCAACUAUACCACACCCCUGCACUUGGCUGCCAAGAAUGGCCACAGAGAAGUCAUCAGGCAGCUCUUGAAAGCUGGUAUCGAGAUCAACCGCCAGACCAAGACAGGAACUGCACUCCACGAGGCUGCGUUGUAUGGCAAAACCGAGGUGGUGCGGCUGCUCCUGGAGGGAGGUGUGGAUGUGAAUAUUCGGAACACAUAUAAUCAGACGGCACUGGACAUAGUCAAUCAGUUCACCACCUCCCAGGCCAGCCGGGAAAUCAAGCAGCUACUCCGGGAGGCUUCAGGGAUCUUGAAGGUUCGAGCACUUAAGGAUUUCUGGAACCUUCAUGACCCCACCGCUCUCAACGUCCGGGCAGGAGAUAUCAUCACUGUGCUUGAACAGCAUCCUGAUGGCCGCUGGAAGGGCCAUAUCCAUGAGAGCCAAAGGGGCACAGACCGUGUGGGCUACUUCCCCCCGGGCAUCGUCGAGGUGGUCAGCAAGCGGGUAGGCAUACCUGUGGCCCGUCUCCCCUCUGCUCCCACCGCGCUGCGGCCAAGCUUCUCCCGGAUAUCACAGCCCUCGGCGGAUGAACCCCUGCCACCUCUCACCUACGGCCAGCUCCCUCGGGUGGGCCUCAACCCAGACAGUCCAGCAGGUGACAGGAAUAGCGUGGGCAGCGAGGGCAGCGUGGGCAGCAUCCGCAGUGCGGGCAGUGGCCAGAGCUCUGAAGGCACCAAUGGCCAUGGCACUGGCCUCCUUAUUGAGAAUGCUCAGCCACUGCCCUCUGCCAGUGAGGACCAGGUGCUGUCAGGCCUGCAUGCCCCAUCCCUGGCAGGUAAGAAAGACAACCUGAGCCACCACCCUCUGGCCAGUUACCGCUCUGGGGAGAUCUUCACCCAGGAUGUGAGGCCUGAACAGCUGCUGGAAGGGAAGGAUGCACAGGCCAUUCAUAACUGGUUAAGUGAGUUCCAGCUAGAAGGCUACACCGCCCACUUCCUGCAGGCCGGCUACGAUGUGCCAACCAUCAGUCGAAUGACACCUGAGGACCUGACGGCCAUUGGGGUGACCAAGCCUGGACACAGGAAGAAGAUUGCCUCAGAGAUUGCCCAGCUCAGCAUCGCUGAGUGGCUGCCCAACUAUAUCCCGGUGGACUUGCUGGAGUGGCUGUGUGCCCUGGGGCUGCCACAGUACCACAAGCAGCUCGUGAGCAGUGGCUAUGACUCCAUGGGGCUGGUGGCCGAUCUCACCUGGGAGGAACUGCAGGAGAUAGGCGUGAACAAGCUAGGGCAUCAGAAGAAGCUUAUGCUAGGUGUAAAGCGGCUGGCAGAGCUUCGGCGGGGCCUACUGCAUGGGGAAGCCCUCGGUGAAGGUGGGCGCCGGCUGACCAGGGGUCCAGAGCUGAUGGCCAUUGAAGGCCUGGAGAAUGGAGAAAGCCCAGCUAUGGCUGGCCCUCGCCUCCUCACCUUUCAGGGCAGUGAGCUGAGCCCAGAGUUACAGGCAGCUAUGGCAGGGUGUGGCCCAGAGCCUCUUCCCCUCCCCCCUGCCCGUUCCCCCAGCCAGGAGAGCAUAGGCGCACGAUCACGGGGAUCUGGCCACUCACAGGAACAGCCUGUCUCCCAGCCCAUUGUUGGUGACCCCAGUGCCCCACAGGAAAGGAACCUUCCAGAGGGUACAGAGCGCCCCUCUAAGCUUUGUUCCCCACUUCCUGGCCAAGGACCCGCCCCUUACGUCUUCAUGUGUCCACAGAAUUCACCCUCUAGCCCAGCCCCAGGGCCACCUCCUGGUGCUCCCCGGGCCUUCUCCUACUUGGCUGGCUCUCCUACCACUCCUCCAGACCCGCCUCGGCCCAAACGCCGGUCCCACAGCCUGAGCCGCCCUGGCCCUACUGAGGGGGAAGCUGAAGGGGAGGCUGAAGGGCCAGUGGGCAGUGCCUUGGGCAGCUAUGCUACUCUUACUCGGAGACCAGGACGCAGCACCCUUACCCGGACUAGCCCUAGCCUGACGCCAACUCGAGGGACCCCACGAAGCCAGUCCUUUGCCCUCCGUGCCCGUCGUAAAGGCCCCCCACCCCCACCGCCCAAGCGCCUCAGUUCGGUGUCUGGCCCCACUGAGCCACCUUCACUAGACGGAAGCUCAGGGCCCAAGGAAGGGGCUGCAGGUCCCCGGAGGAGAACACUGAGUGAACCAACUGGCCCCUCUGAGCCCCCUGGUCCUUCUGCCCCGACUGGCCCUGUGUCGGACACGGAAGAAGAGGAGCCUGGCCCUGAGGGAACACCCCCAUCCCGGGGCAGCUCAGGGGAAGGGCUGCCCUUCGCAGAGGAGGGGAACCUGACUAUCAAGCAGCGACCGAAGCCAGCUGGUCCCCCUCCCCGGGAGACACCUGUGCCCCCUGGCCUUGACUUCAACCUCACAGAGUCAGAUACUGUCAAACGGAGGCCCAGAUGCAAGGAGAGAGAGCCACUACAGACUGCACUGUUGGCCUUUGGGGUAGUGGGUAGUGAUACCCCUGGCCCCUCGGCUCCCCUCUCCUCCCAGGCUCCCUGUGAAUCUCCCUCAGCUUCCUCUAACCCUCCGAGGUCUGAGCCCAGCAGCCUUCCAUCUCAAGGAACUCCAGCCCCUUCUCUCAGCCCCAUAACUCAGCCCCCUGGCCGCCCAGGGCCCUGCGCUGGGCCAGCUCUGGAAAAUUCAACAGGUGGUCGGCUGAAUGUAGAGACGGAAUCUCCAGCUGCCCCUGGUGCCCUCCUCAAAGUGCCUGGGGCAGGAACGGCUCCUAAGCCUGUGUCUGUGGCCUGCACUCAGCUGGCCUUUUCUGGCCCAAAGCUGGCUCCCCGGCUCGGCCCCCGCCCAGUACCCCCUCCGAGGCCUGAGAGUACUGGGCCUGUAUGUCCAGGCCAGGUCCAGCAGAGACUAGAGCAAACCAGCUCAUCCUUGGAAGCUGCACUGCGGGCAGCUGAGAAGAGCAUUGGCACCGAGGAAAGAGAGGGCCCCACAGCGGCUUCCACCAAGCACAUUCUGGAUGACAUAAGUACCAUGUUUGAUGCCUUGGCUGACCAGCUGGAUGCCAUGCUGGAUUGAGCAAAACCGACCUAUGACCCUGCCACAGUACUCAGUGACUGGCCAGGGUUCAUCGCCUGUGGCCCAGCAUGGAAGAAACCCCUGCCACCCAAGGAACAGGCAGAGGCUUGGCUGGGCUGGAGUAGCCCUCGGCAGCAGAAGCCCUCCUACGGCUCCAAGCGGUAGCUGUCAGUCCCAUAGGACUCGUCAGAAUCUGACUCAGGGAGGGCCUUAGCAGUGGGAACAGAGCCCUCCUGUGUACAGAGGCCUGCAAGGCCUUAGCCCCUGAACAGGGACCCUCGUGAGAGCAUUCUCCUCUAGGAGGAGGUGGUGAUGGGGCUUUUGGGGUGCACCUCCCUGGCCAGCCACUGGGUUGCCCUAGGGCUCUGUGAGGCUGUGUGCUCAGCCAGUCCCCUCCACACAAGUGUACAUAGGAGAUGUAAAUACACAGCAGGGCGUGCCUUCCUGCUAGUGGCUGGGAGCCUUACCCUCUGCCCCUGUCCGGCUAUCCCACACUGGGAGGCAGUGCUGGCCACGGUCAGAGGCGGUGAGAUUAACACAUCCCCAAUGCCCAAACUUUUAUAACUGUACAUAAUAUUUUUCAAGCAGAGAGAAGUGCAUAUAUUUUAAAUGGAAUUUAUUCUAUCUAUUAACUGCCUGAGAGGAUGCAGUAGGGGAAGGCCUUCAGACCACAGAGGAACCCUCUACCUACCUCCUGCUGGAGGACCCAGAUGGCCCAGGCUCUGUAACUAUUAACCUCUCCCCUAACUAACACCAAUGAAAAUGUCAUUCCAUGUGA